AUGUCCAUCUUUGCAGAUCUACAAGAUUCAAGCUCAUCUCUUCGUUGGAUAACUUCAACAAUCAAUGUGAGAGGAUUUUCCAGUUCUCACAAAGUGAACGUUUCAGGAAAGGGAAGACCUACCAUGGAUUGGUCCACAAGAUUGAGAAUUGCUCUAGGGUCUGCUAAAGGACUGGCUUAUCUGCACGAGGACUGCCAUCCUAAGAUUAUACAUCGUGACAUUAAGGCAGCUAACAUACUUCUGGAUUUUAACUUUGAGGCAAUGGUUGCGGAUUUUGGACUUGCAAAGCUUUCUUCUGAUGUCAACACUCACAUAUCCACCAGGGUGAUGGGAACUUUUGGAUACCUGGCUCCAGAAUAUGCUUCUUCUGGGAAACUUACAGACAAGUCUGAUGUUUUCUCAUUCGGAGUCGUGCUUCUAGAGUUAAUUACUGGACGUCGACCUAUUAACUCAUCUCAAUCUUACGCAGAUGAUAGCUUGGUAGACUGGGCACGGCCCUUGCUCACACGAGCUUUGGAAGAUGGAAACUUUGAUACGCUUGUUGAUCCACGGUUGCAAAGGGAUUACAGACCCAACGAGAUGGCUCGUAUGGUUGGUUGUGCUGCUGCUUGUGUGCGUCAUUCAGCACGGUGUCGACCACGAAUGAGCCAAGUAGUGCGGGCCUUCGAAGGAGACAUAUCUUUGUCUGAUCUUAACGAAGGAAUCAAACCCGGACACAACACAAUCUACAGUUCUCAUGGCAGCUCAGACUAUGACACUAACCAAUACAAUGAGGACAUGAAAAAAUUUAGGAAGAUGGCUCUGGGAACCAAAGAGUAUGGAAGCAACGAGCACAGUGCACUAACUAGCGAAUAUGGAUUGUAUCCAUCUGGUUCGAGCAGCGGAGGCCAACAAACCACUCCAGAAAUGGAGAUGGGAAAGAUGUGUGGGAGAUAAUUUCAAUAAUAAUUAAUUAAAGCAAAUAAAAAAAUAAAGUAAACAACAAAAUUAAACCUUAUAGUACUUCUAUAGAUAGUUUAUGAACAAAUUUGUGAUUGAGGCCAAUGUAUGAACAUUGUGUCUUUAAGACAUAAUUUCAGCUUCUU